AUUAAGCAUAUAGGUUUAUGAGAAAGAGCUCUUCAAAAUCAAAGAAAUCGCCAUAUAGUUAUGGAUUCCAUUGAAGCCGUCCCAGAAAGUGAGUGCUUUAAAGCUCAAGCUCACUUAUACAGGUACAUUUUUAGCCACAUUAAUGGCAUAGUUCUCAAGUGUUUUGUUCAGCUAGAUAUCCCUAACAUAAUCUACAAGCAUGGCCAACCCAUCACUAUUCCUCAAUUGAUCUCCAAACUAGAAAUUCAACCAACCAAAACUGCCUUUGUAGAGAGGCUUGUUCGCUUCUUGGUGCACAAUGGCUUCUUAUCAAAAACCAAAGUGCACGAGCAAGAUGAAGAAAUGGAGGUAUACACUCUCACUUCUUCUUCUAAACUACUCGUCAAAUGCAUGGAACCGAACCUGGCACCAAUGGUGUUAUCGUUUGUCGACCCUAGUUUCUUGGAUUCGUUUGAUUUUUUGCGAAGCUGGUUCAAACGGAAGGAGACGGUAACUGAGGUUGCCCUUGGGGCAACCAUUUGGGAAAUUUUUGAAAGAGAUUCUCAAAGAUUGAAGUCUUUCAAUGAAGCCAUGGCAAGUGAUUUACGAAUGAUCAGCGUCAUACUUAAAGACUCUAAAUCGAUCUUCCAAGGAUUGGAAUCCAUAGUUGAUGUUGGAGUCGGCACAUGCACCACAUGCAAAAUCAUCUCUGAAGCAUACCCUCAUCUGAAAUGCAUAGUUUUUGAUCGUCCAAAUGUUGUGGAAAAUUGUUCAGGAAGCAAUAACUUGAGUUAUUUUGGUGGCGACAUGUUUGAAUACAUACCUUCUGUCGAUGCUGUACUAUUGAAGUGGAUGUUACAUUGUUGGGAUGAUGAGCACUCUUUGAAGAUACUGAACAAAUGUAAGGAGGCAAUUGCAAAGAAAGGCGAAGGAGGGGUGAUAAUCAUUGAGGCAGUUGUAAAGGAGAAGGAAGAUGACAAUGACAUGACACUAUUCAAUUUGAAACUCUUGUUUGAUGUUAUGAUGAUGAGUAUGGUCAACGGCAAAGAAAGAACUGAGAAAGAAUGGAAGAAGCUUCUUGUUGUUGCAGGCUUCAAACAUUACAAGAUUACUCCUUGUUUUGGUUAUAGGUCAAUCAUUGAAGCUUAUCCUUAAUUAUUGUCUACUACUUCUUCUGUCCACCUUGUGUUAUAAGAUGUUUCUCGUUUUGAUUAUCCUAAAUUGUUAUCUGCUUUGCAACUUCUGGCCCUCUCCUCGAAGUAGCAUGCCUCAUGAAUGGUGAUGUAAACUAUUCACAAGUUUAUGGAAUAAAAUUUGCUGCAGUUAUUUUAA